AUUUCAAAACAACUGUGAUAUUAAAAAUUAUUACGAAGAUUUUAAUUUUUAAGCAUUAAAUCCAUCACAAAAAUGACUGAACGAAAUGUAACGACAUUCACAAAGGAAAUGCGAAUUUCCAGCCGAAAAGAGCAUCGCAUCAGCGACGAUUUUAUUAACGCAAAACUUGCUUUCGCGAUGCACAAUAACGACGUUUGGUCCGAAGGUCUCCUUGUCUUCUACGAAGUCUUCAAAUUUCUCGAAAAUCAUCUCUCGUACGACAUUUUACCAAAGGAAUUCCGUCGAACCGAGGCUUUCGAACAGGAUUUGAGUUACUUUUUGGGUCCGCACUGGCAGGAAAAUUACCAACCACGCAAAGAAGUUCAAAAUUAUCUGGAUCAUUUAGUCAAAAUUACAAAUACAAACUCAACGUUACUCGUGGCUUACGUUUAUCACAUGUAUUUGGGUCUCCUUUCGGGCGGACAAAUCCUCCAAAAGAAACGGAAAUUGGUGCAAAAGAUUUUUCCAAAGCCCGAUGAUGAGGUCAAUGCUCCGGGAUGCGCUGUGACAACAUAUGACGUCGCAAUUGGUGACUUGAAGACACAACUGAAGGAGAUAAUUGACAAUUUGGCGAAAAAUUGGGACGAAAAUACAAAACAAGCCAUUUUGGAGGAAGGAAAAAAAGUUUUUCAGUUGAACAAUGAGCUCGUGCGGUCGAUUAAAACAAAUAAGGAAACUUAUAAACUGCUUGGAUAUUUUUUGUUGUUUAUUCUUACAAUUUUAUUCUUUUACGUCAUGUGGAAUUUGUAGGAAACCCGUUUAAUUUUUUUUUAAAUAGUUGACAUUAAUAAAUCUAAACACUCCAUAAACUAAUUUUAUUUUAUUUU